UUUGUCAGCAGCUCGUUUAAUGAUCACCACUUGCAUAAUUUAUGGUGACGCCAACGGUGGCAGGAGCCUCGGCUGUUCGCGGCGUUGUCUCGCGAGAGUUUGCCUACUACCGACAUGGAGAGACGCGAGCUGAGCGGAGUUGAGUUUCCAUUACUGUGAGAGGAAAGCAUCGUCUCUCGGAGGAAACGGUGGCCGUGCUUCCAGAGAGAGUUUGUUUGUUCAAGGGAUCCGGUGUCUUCAUCUCAGCGCACGAGUGCGGGGAUUAUAAUCUCACAUUGUGCUUUGAUGCGCGAUCUCCGUCUCUGUGCGCCCGGGGGAUCGGGAGGCUCCGUGACAGACUCCGAAGAAUAAGUCGACUGCAUGCGUGAGAUUAGAUCGGAGAUCAAAAAGCAUUUCAGCAGCUCUUCUUUAUUUUCGCCGCUGUUCAAAUAUCACCGUAAAAUGUGCAGGAGCAUCAUCCGGGGCUCGUCGUAAUCCUCGAACCCCCGAGCGGCGACCCGCACCCCCCCGCGGGCUGGAGAGGAGCCGCCGGAGAUCGUCCGCCGGAGAUCGUCCGCCGGAGAUCGUCCACCGGAGAUCGUCCGCCGGAGAUCGUCCACCGGAGAUCGUCCGCCGGAGAUCGUCCGCCGGACGAUCGACAAAUGAGGAAUUUCCCUUCGCGCGUCGCCGCGGGGGUCCGAGCGAGAUGCGGAGACAAGUAGUGGAGCGAGCCGACCCCAGCAGCAUCACCGCGGCGGGGCGCGGGACGAGCGUCUAGGUCACUCGGCUUCUAGAUGUCCCGUCGCCCUUCGAAGGAAGGAGAGACAUGGAUAAACUCACCGUGAUAUCGGGAUGCCUCUUCCUCGCCGCGGACAUCUUCGCCAUCGCCAGCAUCGUCAACCCGGACUGGAUCAACACCGGGGAAUCAGCUGGCUCUCUGACGGUGGGCCUGGUCCGGCAGUGCCAGACCAUCCACGGUCGAGACCGGACGUGCAUCCCGCCGCAGCUGCCGCCCGAGUGGAUCACCACGCUCUUCUUCAUCAUACUGGGCAUCAUCUCCCUCACCGUCACCUGCGGCCUGCUGGUGAUGUCACACUGGCACCGAGAGGCCACCCGAUACGCCCGAUGGAUCGCCUUCACGGCGAUGGUCCUGUUCUGUAUGGCUGCCCUCAUAUUCCCAAUAGGCUUCUACAUCAACGAGGUGGGAGGGCAGCCAUAUAAGUUGCCCAACAACACGGUGGUGGGCUCCUCCUACGUGCUCUUCGUUCUGUCCAUAUUCUUCACCAUCGUGGGUCUGCUGUUUGCUGGGAAGGUGUGCUUGCCUGGCUGACAUACCCUCUUCAGCAUUUUUUUGUUGUUGUGAGAAACACCACCACUGGUGGUAGAACUGACUUCUCCGUGGCAGUGCUGGAAGUAUCGGUCAAGUACAACAAGACUGAGGAGCACCUGAUGUGUGUGCAGGCGUUUUUUCUUUUUAAACUUCUGGAUGAUUUGUCACUAUGCUCGUACCUCGAUCCGAAAUCGGUGCGAUCCGCUCGCUCUGAGAGUGAGCAGGCGCAGAAAUGGCCCCUCGUCUUCGUCCGUCCUCGACAGUGAGAGUGAAGCGGUGAACAGACAGGAGCACAGAAAUAAACAGGAUUAAGAUGGAUUAAAACAUCAGGACUGUAACAGGAGCCCCGUGGUUUUAUCCAUCAUCAUAAGAAUUAAUGACAGCUGACAAAGAGGCCUUUCUUCUUCUCAUCCCAACAACUGAUAUGCACAUAUUGAGACUGAUGAGUCAGGCCUCGUACGGGCCACGGCGCCAAAUAUCGGCCAGUCCCCUCCUAUGAUGAAGGUUCCUCCCUGACCACAGCCACAUGGAACAAUCUGUAAUAUAUAUAUACAAGAAAGUUUCAUUUUCUUGGAACAUUUUAUUUAUUUGUGUAAGUGUUCAGGUCCAUCUUUUUGUAAAGGUCUAUUUCAUUAUAAAGUCCAAUGCGUCCCAGGGUUUCCCUGCCAUUAUGGUGUGUGGUGGAUCACCUUGCCUUAAAGAGCUGUUAACCUUAAAAUGUAUUUUGUUCGAGUUUUAGUUUUAGUGUCCUGGGAUCAAAUCUAAAAAUUCUGCACGUGAGACCAGAACAUAAAAUCGACCAUCAGUGCCAUGUGUCUAAAUGAUUGGUGUUGGUCAACUUUCAAAAACCAACGUCCACAGGUCUCUCUGUUACUAUCUUUAGUGAUUAAGUGAAUGUACUCUUCACCUUUUCGAGCAUUUCCUGUUGUUUAAACACUGUAUCAAGGAAUGACUGAAUCGAUGACCAGUUUGUUUUAUACAGUUGGGACGUCUGUGCCUACUUCAUGUCUGUAUAGAUGAACUGACAAGCCAGUCUGUGUCAUUUUCCAGAAGCACUGCGGUGUUCGUGAAUGAGCAUGGAAGAUCUCAUCUCAUUAAAAAUGACUCACUGGACCACC